AUGACGCCUAGCAUCCUGGGUAAUCAUAGCAUUGAUCAGCAGCUGGUCAGUGCAGCCUCCUCGGUUACGAGUACAGCCAGUUUGUUCAUGGGCCAGAAUGUCAUUGGUCUGGAUAUGGAUCCACAUCAACUCACCAAUCACGGAGCCGUGGUGUGCAGUGGAGUGUUUCCAUCAACAUUCAAUGGCAACAUCCGUCUUUACCCGAACAAUGAUUAUUAUCAAUAUGCCUAUCUCAAGGUUACCGUACAGUAUAGCUGCUACACUGGCUUUCACAUUUCUGGCCAAGCAAACAACAAAACAAAGCUUAACGUUACGUGUGGUCAGAGUGGUGAAUGGUCAUACCAGCCUGACCAAAUACAAUGUGAAGCAUCAUCUUGUGGAAUACCGAAAAUCGAAAACUCAGUGCAUGUCAACUACACCAGCAUCACGUUCAAAAGCAACGCGUCGGUGAGGUGUAGCUAUGGCUUCUACUGGUCACUCAGCAAAUCCGAGGAUGAACGUCACGGAAAAAUCAACUGCUUGGAUAAUUACAGCUGGUCAGAGGGCUCAUGUAUCGGCGUUACUUGCGACAGUCAUCAGGUGCCCAAUGCGACUCCCAACAUUACAACAAAUGUAUCCCACCCAGAGAGGUUUCCUAUUCACUGCAACCUCGGCUAUGUGUUCUCUGGGAUCGGCGUUGCAGGAGUGUCAUCUCCUACAGCAUAUGGCCACCUGUCCUGCCAAGCCAACAAAACGUGGAAUGGUGAAUGUAUCGACUACGAUGAAUGCCUGUAUAAUAAUCACACCUGUCAUCAGCAUGCUUCAUGCAGUAACAUCAUUGGAUCUUUCGAAUGCGCGUGCAACUCUGGGUUCGCUGGAGAUGGGCAAACCAUUUGCAACACAAAGUUCAGCAUUCCAUCACCCGAUACCACCAGAGCAAUUGUCAUCUUCGAGAAAACCAGCUCAAACAGUCCCUGGAAUGCCACUAACAUUUACACGACAAUCGACAAUAAUACAGUGAUCAAUGAGAACUCGGAAGCACAGCCAUUUGCACUAGUUGCAUAUCCAUCAGAGACUUCGCAGCAAAAUGUGCCAGGCGUGUUCUUUCAAGGUUUCAACACUUCGGAAUCAAACUGGGUAACCAAUGUCACAAAUUCCACUUUCAACGUGGUAACAUUCAAGCAAGAUGGGUCCAACUUGAGCAUUCAUUUCAGCAAACUACCUUGGGAGAAGGAAGAGACUGCGGAUGGAGAUGGAAUUGAGCACCGUGCUAAGUAUCGUCCAUUCCAGCUGAACUGCUAUAUAGAUCCACAUAUGUAUACAAACUGUUCAUGGGAGGAAAGUGCACUGAAUGCCAAUAACAGCUUCACCGCAUCGCUAAAUCAGGGCCAGCCAUAUGAGUUCCAGCUCUUUCGCGUGCACAGGAACAGCACUCUUGACAUUCUGACUGGACCCGAAAGCAACAGUUCCAAAGGUGAUGAUGAGCCAGCGAGGCAGCGAAAGAAGAGAGAUAAUUCCGUCAUGGAUGAUGUCAUUGCGGCGGAUGGUUACACACUACCAGUUCCUCUUGUCGUUCCUUUGGCAGAAACUCAGCCAAUCGUCGCGAAAAAGGACGGCGCUGCUAUAUGGAUAUACGUAGUGGCGGUGGUAGCUGCUCUGCUCUUGUUCAUUGCCAUUCUCCUCGUCCUUGUACUCGUCAGACGACAUAAGAACACCAAAGUCUACAAUCCCCAAGGAUCACAGGCCAUCGUGUUCCCUCGUGAAUUGAUGCGAUAA